GGUUGGGAAGGUGUUGAGGGAUCUGAAGGAUGUAUGAGAGGCUUUCACUGGUGUGAUGGCAAGGUGAGAGGUUCACGACUGGACGGCGAAUUCAAUUGAAUCCCUUGUGUUGCUCUCGCAAUGGCCGAGCGGAGACGGGCGUUGACUGAGCUUACGUCAGCACCUCCACAGUCUUGGGUGACAAUGGCUGCUGCCGCUCCUGCAUCGGGCAGCGUGUGCUGGUUUCACCAGUGGGACGUUACAUACACCGAGACUCCUCGAAAAGGACGCAGAUCACAAAGCAAGACAGGUUCUCCAGCCGAAGACAUUGAUUGGACAGAUGGCUCACGUCACGUCUGGCUGCCUGGCUGGCAAGUGAGGCCCGAGCUUCCUUGCACGCUGAUCCCUUGAUUCCGAUCCGAGAAUGUGGUGGUGCAGGGCUGACCAAGCCUACAGGGGCAGAGGCGUGCUUUGAGUUGAGCCGUGCGCCUGUCGGAGAUCCGCA